CAAAUACAAAAUAUACCUCAAUCAACUUCACCAUGAAGUUCCACUCCACUGAGUACUCUACUGUAAAGAACACCAACACCAGGCUAUUCCUGAUACCCUUCUCACUGCUUUUUCUCACCAUAAUCCCUCUCUUUCUGUUAAAGAAUCCGCCACCACCGCCUCUAAAACCGUCGUCAAAUGUCAAUAUCAGCGACUUGAUCAUUAGCGGAGAAAAACUGAAGGAAUGUGACAUAUUUACAGGGCAAUGGGUUCCGUAUCCGAAAGGGCCUGCUUACUAUACAAAUGCAAGUUGCAAUCUGAUGAUUGACCAGCAAAACUGCAUGAAAUUUGGGAGACCUGACACAGAUUUUAUGAAAUGGAGAUGGAGACCGGACGAUUGUGAGUUACCAUUCUUUGAUGCGAGGCAGUUCUUGGAGCUUGUUAGAGGGAAAUCAAUGGCGUUUGUGGGUGAUUCUGUCGGGAGGAACCAAAUGCAAUCAUUGUUGUGUCUUCUUGCUCAUGUGGCACAUCCUAAGGAUGUUUCUAACAUGUACACAACAGACACAGCUUAUUUCAAAUAUUGGUUAUACUCUGCUUACAACUUCACUUUAUCUACACUAUGGUCACCAUUUUUAGUUAAAUCCUGCGAUGCCGAUCCGGACGGCCAUUCUCUCAACAACUUGAUGAAUCUUUAUCUAGACACACCUGACGAAUCAUGGGCAAAUCACAUCGAAAGUUUUGAUUACGUAAUCAUAUCUGCCGGACAAUGGUUCUUUCGUCCGAUGACAUUCUACAUGAACGGUGAAAUCAAAGGUUGUCACAAAUGUGAUAAUGCAAAUAUAACUGAUGUCACUAACUACUAUGGUUACAGAAUGGCCUUCAGGACUGCUUUCAGGACUCUUCAGAGGCUGAAAGGGUACAAAGGUGUAACAUUUUUAAGGACAUAUUCACCCUCGCAUUUUGAAAAUGGGGCAUGGAAUGCAGGUGGGAAUUGCGCGAGAACAAGGCCGUUUACUAGUGAAGAAAUGAAAUUAGAGGGGUAUGAGUUGGAAUUAUACUUGACACAAGUUGAGGAACUGAGGAAAGCAGAGAAAGAAGGGAAAAAGAAUGGUUUAAUAUUUAGGCUGUUAUCUACUACAGAAGCAAUGGUGCUACGGCCUGAUGGUCAUCCGAAUUAUCACGGAAUUUCUCCGGAUCGGAAUAAGACGGUGGCAGAUUGUGUUCACUGGUGCUUGCCUGGUCCUAUUGAUACUUGGAACGAGUUUCUGCUUUAUAUGAUGAAAAGGGAAGCUCGGAGAAAUGUGUAAUCUUUAGUGUUUUGAUAUGAGUCUACUGUUACUAUAAUUUGUUGUCAAAAUUAUUGAGUCUUGAGUAUGUUAUUAUUACUGUUAUCAUAUUGAUUUAUUAUUUAUAUGUAAUUAAAACA